AUGGUACCAUGGAAUGGACCCAGAGCAAAGGUCCAAAUCAAAAUCUCGAUCCAGCGUCUGCGCACACUUCAAGAGAAGAAACUCGCCUUGGCUAAAGCGAGCCGAAGGGAAAUUGCAGAUCUCCUGAAUAAGAAUAGAGUGGAAACUGCCCGGUUGAGGGUAGAAGGCUUGGUUCAGGAUGAUAUCUAUGUCGAAUUGUUAGAGGUUUUGGAGCUAUACGCGGAAACAUUACAAGCUCGAUUCAACCUCUUAGAUACAUCGUUAGGAGAACAGCCUGAACCUUCUAUAUCCGACGCAGUAUGUGCGAUAGUCUACGCAGCUCCACGAACAGAAUUGAAGGAAUUACAGGUCCUGAGGGAAUUGUUAAUGCACAAGUUCGGUCGUAAUUUCUCUUUAUCCCUCGUCCAACCUCCCGACCCCACCUCCCCACCAGGUGUACCAGCUAGAGUUUUAUCGAAAUUGAAAGUAUUCGUACCUUCCAAAGAACUUGUUGAUGCGUAUUUGAGUGAGAUCGCAAAAGGGUAUGGAGUGAAUUGGGCUCCUGAAUCCACAACGCAAGAUGAAGAAGAGGAUGAGGGGAUCGAACCAUUGCGACGGAAAGAGGUUGUUGAUGAUGACAAAGAGGAUGAAGAUGAUGGGGAAGGAGGUGACAAAGAAGAUGAGAAAGAAUCGGAACCACAAUCACAAUCACCAAAGAAGAAAGAACUUUCGAUAUCACCUGAAAAGAAAUCUACCGGAUCGUCAUCGCCUCAACCUCCUCCUGCUAAGAAAUUAACGGAGGAAGAAGAGCUGGCUCAGAGGUUGGAGAGGUUGAAGAAUCUAAGGUAG